GGAGACCGCCAGUCCAACACGGGUGCUCGACUGUGACGACCUCGGUGCCGGCGUGUAUAAAUCCACUUCAAGCAGCUUCACCGUCACGGCACACGGUCGAGAGGUCGGAAAUGAUUUCAGCUCGCCGUCGCACCACCAUGGCCACCAACAAACUGAUCACGUUCGUGGUGUUGCUGGUGGUACUAGAAAUGGUGCGCUCCGAAGAUUCCCCGUGCGGCUUCCCGGCCAUCUUCAACUUCGGCGACUCCUCCUCGGACACCGGAGCCUUCCCGGCCCUCUUCCCGGCGGUGCAGCCGCCCUACGGCCAGACCUUCUUCGGCAUGCCGGCCGGGCGGCAGAGCGACGGCCGCCUCGUCAUCGACUUCAUGGCUCAAAACCUGGGGCUACGUUACCUGAAUGCGUACCUGGAUUCACUAGGGAGCAACUUCACGCAGGGAGCCAAUUUCGCGAGCGCCGCCGGAACCAUCAGACGGGUGAACGGGAGCCUGUGGACCUCCGGGUACAGCCCCAUUUCCCUGGACGUGCAGCUCUGGCAAUUCCAGCAGUUCAUCAACAGGAGCCGCUUCGUCUACAACAACAUAGGCGGAGUCUACCGGGAGAUCCUGCCGAACCCCGAGCACCUGGUCUCCAAGGCGCUUUACACCUUCAAAAUCGGCGCCAACGACCUCGCCAUGGGCUACCUAGACAACAUGACCACGGAGCAAGUGGAAGCCUACGUCCCCGAUCUGAUGGAGAGGCUCGAGUCGGCGAUCCAGACGGUGUACAACCUCGGCGGGAGGUACUUCUGGGUGCACAACACGGGGACGUUCGGGUGCCUCCCCUACGGCCUGGUCUACCGACCGGACCUUGCCGGAGAGAAGGAUGACGCCGGCUGCUCCAUCGCGCUCAACGCCGGCCCCCGGUUCUUCAACGCCCGGCUCAAGGAGGUCGUGGCGAGGCUUAGGGUCGCUCUCCCAGAGGCCGCCUUCACCUACGUCGACCUGUACGCCGCCAUGUACAAGCUGAUGAGCGAAGCCAAAAAGUUCGGUUUUGGGGAUCCUCUGCGCGUGUGCUGCGGGUACGGCGGCGGCCAAUACAACUUCGACAAGAACAUCCGGUGUGGCGAUCCGGUCCUGGGGGGGAAGUCGUGCGUGGACCCGUCCAAGAGCGUGAGCUGGGAUGGGGUGCACUUGACCGAAGCGGCUUACAAGUUUAUCUUCGACCAGAUCGUGGACGGCGCUCUCUCCGACCCUCCGGUGCCUUUGCGUCGGGCCUGCCAGGGCAAAGGGCAAUGAACAUGAUGUUCAUUAAUUAGACUGCGGAUGUAGGAUUUUUUUCUGACGUCCGUACUCCAAAUAAAAUAUGCAAUGAGUAUCUAUUUAUAACUCUUGUAAAAAAAUCAAUGAAUAAGAAAUGUACCUCCCUAUGUAUGUAUGGUAAAA